UAAAUGGUUGAAACUCACUUUUCAUUUUAAAGUUUAUACUUAACAAAUAAAAAUGUUGUCAAAAGUAAAAAAUACGUCGUUUUUGGUUAGUAACAUUGUCAUUCUCAACGUGCAAUAUAUAAAAUCAAAGACCGCAGCGUUAAAAUAAUUAUUAUUUUUUCUUUAAAUUUAAUUAUAGUAGCUUUCUAAAAAUUAUGUAAUAUUUUUCAUAUAAAAUACGAAGACGUUGUUCAUUAUAGUCAGUAUAGAAAAGUUCAUUUUCAAGAAUCCAACCAGAAACCUCCGACAUGACUCGAAAACAGGCCCGGGGCGGCAAAAGGCCUGGGUCGAACACUUUUUCCAACCGAGACAAGAUAUUGAUUUUGCUUUUUUAAUGCAUACAUUUUUAAAUAAUGUUAUUAUGAUUUUGGCGGAUAAUUGUAGCCAUUGAGAUUAUAAAGUAAUAAAUAUAUCGUAAGGAGCUCAAUGGCGCAGUGGUAAUCGCGUUUGGUCUGCGAUACGUUUAUUAAGCAACUUUCCCAAUGGCCGAUCAUAGGAUGGGCCACCAAAAACUUACUAUCCUUACGGCCCAUUCUUCCUAUUCAAAGUUGACACAAAACUUAUUCGAAAACUGAAAUAUACGCAAAAUUCUUAGAAGCAAAUGAUAGUGCAGUUUAGAAUAAACUUCAACUAGUAAUUGUAAUUAGAGCUAAAGCUAAAAGUUCUAUUUCCAUUUAUUUUUGAAAACUCGACCUUUACCAAAACAGUGCUAUGUAAAAUAUAGGUAUUUAACGCCAUCCAUGGGUGCGAAGUAGGAGAACACGAAUCGAUCGCAGCGCGCACCGUGGCUAAAACGGAAAACUCUGUCGGACGAAAUGUCACUUUUUACUUAUGAAAUUUAGAUAUUUGUGCAUUUUAAGUAAAAAUUAAUAAAAUGCGUCACGAUACCUGCUGUGUAGUUGGCUGCAAGAACAAUAGCAAAAAUAGUGAUAAAAAAAUUUUUAGAUUUCCUCGAGUGAGUUGGAAACAAGAACAAAAUUACUAAGCUGUAGCUUCACCAAAUAGGAGUAGGGGAGAGGGAGGCAGUUUAGAACAGGGGCAGUUUUGAAACAAUCGAUUUAUGAAUGCAUUCUUCAUCUUUUCUAACCUACUUAACCUUUUUAAUUCUGAUAAUACCAAACUACACAGCUGUCAGGUCCCAACUAACGUCAAUGUCAGUGUCAUUUUAUAAAAAUAUUGCCGGUUAUUUUACGAAGAAGAAAAUAAACAAAUUUUUUUUUGCUUGUAAGCAAAUUUCUGAAAAAGUAAGUAUUAUUUUCGAGUUGUGAUUAUAUUGUAGUGUUGCAUAUAUUAUGGACUCAGUAUUUACAAAUAUAAGAUCAUUAAACACAAGUUAGUUUUUCGUCUAUGAAUAUUUAUUUCUGAAGGUCGGUAUUGGGGCAGAUUUGAAAAAAAUCACUGGGGCACUUUUGAACAAAAAUUUUCAAAAGUGGUCAAAUUGCUUUUGAAUAAAAUGUUCAACAGUGCACAUAAAUAAAACAUGGGUAUUUAUUUUAUGAAAAUUAAGUACCUAAGUGGUUUAAUAUUGUAUUGUAUUUACAGUCAUAAUGACACGAAAUUAUAAAAAGAAAAAAGAAAAUGACGAAGAAGAUGCACAACGAGCUGUUUUGUGUGUUAUCAACGACGGCAUGAAGCUGAGGACCGCUGCUGCAAUAUACUACAUAAAACCAUCUAUUUUAUUUUAUAGAGUCAAAAAAUAUGAGGAGAAUUUAAGUCCUAAAAAUGAAAAAUAUUGUAGCAAACACACUGUGCAUCAAGUUUUCACAAACGAUGAAGAGAGCAUGCUGGAAAAGUACUUUCUAAAAAUGUCUAAAAUGAAUUAUAGUCUUACGUAUUGUAAAGUGGAUAAAUAA